ACCACUUCAGUGGGUUUCCGGAAUACACGUCAUUUCCGGUUUUGUUUUUUGAAAUUUCUGAGGUAACGGUGUGGGAGUGUGUCGGUGUAGUUAUUAAAUAAAUAAGUGUGUGGUGUUUUCGGUGUGAUGGACAUUCAGGGUAUGGAGCCGAUGUCACUUGGUUCUCCAUCAUCCCCGAAGCCUGUUGGUGGAGCUCAGUUCCUCCCUGGGUUCCUGAUGGGUGACCUUCCUGCUCCUGCUACACCACAGGCCCGACCCCUGAGCCUGACAGUGGGUGGAGCUGAGACCAGAGCCCUGCCCCUCACAGACCUGCAUGUUGUUGUAGGUGUAUCAGGUGGUUCUCCUCCUCAGCCGGUGGUUCCUACUCCUAAAGAUAAAAGUGGUGCUCCUCCAGUGAGGAGUAUUUAUGAUGACCUGUCCAGUCCAGGGGUCGGAUUCUCCCCUCUUACAUCACGCAACAAACAGGUGUUCUCUGUGAUGCAAACUCCUCUGUCUGGCAUGGCGGCAACUCCAGGAUCAGGUGAGACAUGAUCACAUGACCUUCCUGCUUCACCUAUUAGGGUUUGUCACAGGAACACUGCUCUGAGUGGGA